CUCGCUGUCUCCAUGGGGUCACUUCUGCCCGGUGGCACUGGUGGAGGAGAAGAAGAUGCUGGUAGGAGACUCGAGGUUCGCCACUGAGUUCCUCGGAAGAAUUUUCCUGCUCUCUUCUUGGGUCGCCCAACAGAAGUUUAUCGACGAUCCUGCCACGUACACCUCUUCCCCUCCUAUGCCUCCGAGGAUGCGCGUCAUGGUGAUCGGUGCGCCAGUGACGGGAAAGAGUGCAGUCGCCAACUGGAUCGCGAGCAAAUACUCUGCGAGGAGGUUGGACUGCUUCAAGCUCGUUGAGCUCGCAAUGGCUGAAGGGGGGGGGGGGCUGGAGGCGGAGGCGCGAAGUUGUCUGCUGUCUGGUGAAGAGAUUCGAGGAGACCUGAUGAUGCAGAUAUUAGGGAAGGAGAUGGGCAUCGAGCUCCAAAAAGUAACUGUGAAUGAGGAGGACGAGGAGGCAAAAGCGAAGCUCAGGCUUGCAGCACUGUCGUCGGAGGGGCCAGGAGGGGAAUGGGGUCAAGCGCCUACGGGUCAAGGAGAGCUUAGCUUCGUGCUUGAUGGGCCCCCGCUAUCUCCUGACUUUGUGCACGCCCUCGCCGCUCACCAGCUGCUGCCCACCUGCGUCAUCCUCCUUGAAGACUCGGAGGAGCCUGUUGGGCGCGUGAGGACGGAUGCAGCGAAGGCGGGAGAUCUCUACUGGGACCUUGGGAGGGAGGCGACGCUCGAGAGAACGACGGGCACACAAUUUCCCUUCGCAGGGGCGGGAAGUUUGCAGCGAGCGAGGAUGGAGGAGGUUACGAGCUUGUUAGAAGCUGCUGGGUGCCUGGUCGUCAAACUUCCUGCAUCCCUCCCACUGCAGGAGCUGCAGGAGGCUGCGGCUGCUCGUGUCGAUCCCUUCGUCUAUGGAUUUGUUGCUUCAGAGGAUGCGAGGGGAGCGAGGCAGGUGGAGUGGGAGCCGGAGGGGAAAGAAGAGGACGGGGAGGAAGGGGAGCGAGCAGGGCUACAGGUACUCGGGUACCUUGGCAAGUUCUGCCCGGUGACGUGGAGGCGACAAGGAGCACUGAUUCCGGGGAAGGAGAGCUUUGCGGCGGACUGGAGGGGGAAAAUUUAUCUUUGCCGCGGGCAGGAGGAGCUUGACG